AGAAUUAUAAAUCAACAAGUGGAUUGGGCAACCCAUGAGAAAACACAGAGUCACAGACCCAUAAACGCUGAAAGAGAUGCUGAACUUACAGAUGUUAGAAUUGUGGCCAUUGGGGAUUUAGGGGCUGAGUGCAGGCCGACCUAGCCAAGACGAAUACGACUCGGAGAUAAGGCAGUUAACUUGGUACUUCUUUUAUUUUUGUUUGUUUCUGCGGAAACUGUUCCCACCAAGAAACCAACCAUGGCAUCAUCCAUUUGCCUAUCCUUAUUGCCGCCUUCCAAAACCCUAAAGCCGGGUUCAUCCACUUCCAGUAUACGCCGUUGCAGAUGCUCCCUCGUCGUCUCCAUUUCUAAAUCCCAUCAACUGACGACGAGAAAGAGGCUGCAGGUGGUUUGUAUGGCUCCCGAGGAAGAAAAAUUGACUCGUCGCAAUCCCCUCGAUUUUCCCAUUGAGUGGGAGAGGCCUAAACCUGGACGCAGACCUGACAUAUUCCCUCAAUUCAGCCCUAUGAAAACACCAUUACCACCACCAAUGCCAUAUGAUCCCCCUGAAGAAGAUGAAGAAGAGGAAGAAAAGAAAGAGGAAGAGGAGGAAGAUCCUGAAAAGGAAGAACCUGACAACCCUGAGAAACAAUAGUCUGUCAGUUGCACUCGUUUGCACGCCCAGCAAAACAACCGGAAUAAUAAUACUCAACAGCUCUUUUUGGGGGCUUGAUUCCAGUGAUUCAUCCUUCAGCUCGAGAAAAUCACUUUGUUUCUGCGAAUUCCAUGCCUGCCAGAGUUGAUGUCAAAUGGAUGUCCUCAUGCAAAUCUGCAGUUAUGCUUUAAGAUUGAGAUUGAGAUGUUGUCACUCAGAACAAAUGACUGAGAACUGAGCAGGAAAAAUUCUGAAUUGGGCGUAUUGGCCAUGAUACUUUUGUGGGUUGUACCUUGCUCUAUGUAUCAAGCUAUAGCUGCGGUUACUAAAUGACCUCUAUGAACUUGAAUUCCAGAGAGAAAAGACAACACAGAAAGCACCCAACCAUUGAAGAACCGAAGAGUUGCUUACGCAUUCUCACGAGAUUCGCCACCUACUGUUGCCGCCAAAAAAGGAAGCUUUCCCACUCUGUCGGUCCUCUCCAAAGAAGUUAAAGGAAAAGAGCUAAGAG